AAAUAAUGAAAAUGAAGCCAAAAUCAAAAGAAUUAAAAAGGAGUCCUAUUAGGAAGGAAUUUCCGGCUAAGAAAAGUUAUAAACCCAAGAGAAUGUCAGAAACAAUAAAAUUGAAGGACAGUUAUCAGGAAGAAUAUAAGACCCAAGCUCUUCACACCAAUAAAGAGGUGGUUGAAAUUAGCUUUGAAAGUGAGUUAGAUAAAACAGUCCCCAUGAGCAGUGAGAGCUCAAUCAAAAUACUUCCUGGUAUAAAAGACCUCGAAAGUGCAAAUAUCAAUUUCGAAAAACUCGUCAAUCCCAUAAACAUCAAUCAGCCAAAGCUCAAAAGAAUAUUCAACUUUCACAUAAAAUCAACACAUAACAAGAUAGAGUUCUCUGAAUUCCUAAAAUUCUGAAAGAGCACUCAAAUUUUUCCCAAUUUCAUUUCAAUAAUCUAUCUAAAGAAGAUAAUCCAGGAGGUACUCGAGGAAAGCAAGAGUAAAUAAGGGGAAGAGGUCGCCCAGAAUUAUAGAAAGGACUGUUAGCAAUAACACUCAGCUUGUAUUUAAAGACUUCAACAGGUCGAUUAAAUAGCAUGGCCAAGUUCAUCGUUGAAUCGUCUCCUAAAGAAGUUGUCGAGGAGAAAAUCAGAGGCUUCAUAAAGCACAUCAAUGUUAACUGCCAAUACAGCUAUAACGUUAAUAAUUUAAUUUCCGACAGCUCUCAAACCCCAGAUAGAGUAGAAACUCCAGUGAAAGCCAAGACUCCUCAAAGCUUCGCUUCGAGCACCUGUGACCAUAAGGAGGACCAUGCGGCCAAACCUCAUGACGCUACUUAUAAAGAUGACCUAAAUGAGAAGACAACUGAUUCCAAUAUGAUCGACGAAAAUAUUAACAAAGCUCUGGAGGCACUAAAGAAUCCAAGAUUAAGCUGUCCUCAGUCCAGUGAGAAGCAAUCUAGUGGAGAUUCUUCAAAGCUCAGAGACCUUGAAGACCUUGGAUGCCUUAAGCUUGACCAGAGUGCUUUUAAAAGACAUGCAAGUAAUGGACUCCAGAUCGGAAAUCCAACAGCUAAAGAUAAUCCCUUCAAGAGAUACAGAUCAACUUCUCGUGGUCGGAAGAGUAAUUCAGUCAGUAAAGAGAGAACCAAGGAGAAGACAGAACUUGAGGAGUUUCUAGCCCUAGAGAAAUCAUGCAAAAAUGAACCCAGCUCAGCUAGCUCGAAUAUUAUUUCAAUAAAUUGAUCUCCAAGGCCACAACAUGUUCGCAAGAGGUCUCGGUCAAAUAAGCAUAGUAAAUAUAACCAUGAAAUUCAUGAAUUUGAUACACUAGGCAGACCAGAUAGCAUAAACCCAAAAGGUCUCUUCAAGCGUAAAAGAGAAGUCAAAGAUCGUCAAGAAGAUGCAUUAAGGUCAGCUAAGAGCAAACCUAAACCGACUACCAAAGAAAGGGAAUCAAAAAGUCUCAAAAGGUCUCAAGCUUACCAUAAAGAAGAGGCUCCAUCACUCAACUUAAAACUUGAAGAAAACAAAUCCGAUGGUCCUAAACUAGGAGAAGGCGAAAAAGAGGAUCCAGAGGACUAUGACAAAAAGCUUCAAGAAAUCCAAGAGAAAUACAAGAAGGCCUUAAAUCUCCAAGAUGCGGAAUCCAAUCUUGCCAAAAAGAAAGUAGAAAAACCUGUCAAGGACUUGUUCUCAGCAGAUGAGUACAAGACGCUAAAGUCAUUGGUAACGAAGGAGAAACCUUCAAAGGCUACCAAGAAGAAGAAUGAAACUUCCAAGGCGAAGAUUAAGCCCAAGGAGAAAUCAGCAUGUAUGGCUAAACUUGGCAAGACUACCGAAGUAAAGAUUUCCAAAAGAGGAGGGCUCACCAGUCGAUCCAAGACUAAGAAAUAUCAAAGAAGCAAUAGCAUCAACAGGCGGAAAGACUUUCUAACCAGACCAAAAGAGAAAAAGCUCAAACAAAAUAAUUCCUCAAAGCCAAGGAAUCAUUCUGAGACUAAGGGUGAGGACCUCGGUCUUGAUAGCAUCAAGAAUUCCAUACUUAAGAUCAAAGAAAAAGCUCUUAAGUUAGAAAAUGAAGUCAAGCCGUCUAAAAAUGAUAAAGUGUCUAGUACCCUCGAAGCAGAAAUGAGGGCAUAUGUAUCAAUAUCCUCCAUAGAUCUCUGCAACGCGAAAGAUAAGGAUGAAGAAUCAAGAAUAAUGGAGGAUUUUCAAGACGUUCCUAAAGACAUCCCAACUUUCUCACUACAUCAAGAGGAUAAGCCAAUAGAUAUAACUUCAUCGGAUACCUCUAAUCUUACGAGUAAAGAGCCUGAAUCCCAUCAUCCUUCUGGGAGUAAGUACAAGCGGAACAUUAAAAAGGUUCAGGGCAACAAGACACUUGAAGUCAAACCUCGGUACCAUACCGAAAUGGGAGAUUUACAGACAGAUUUCUUGAAGCAGCAAGUCUUGGAUCCUCUGACUCAAAACAAAUCUCUGAAAUCCCUAAAAGCUUCUAAAGGGAUUGAAAUCCCUUCUAAAACUUCCUCUUUGAGAUCAGGGAAAGAAGAUGGGAAGAAGAACAGAACUGUCCGGUUUAAAGAAGGUGAACAUCUUCGUCAAAAUAGUGGCAUAAAUCUUUACAAAAAUGACAAGAUUAUCAGCGAAGAAGAAAAACAUAACCAUAGUGCUUCCAAGAUACUUCAAUUCAGAGACCCAGUGGAUAGAGUACAUAGAUGGAAUUUAGAACCUAGUGGUGACUCUGAAGAGACUAGUGGGUUCAAACAGGAAAUUUUUAGCCUAAAAUCUGACAUUAAUAGCUUAGAUAAAGAUCCAAAACCUCAGAUUGAGCUCCCUGUUGAAAAUAUGGGAGCAAAAUUUCCUUCUAUCACAAAUCUCCGAGCAAAUAUUACUAAAAAGGAGAAGAGAGGCCCUCCACAAAAUAGUCACAGAAUCGGAGUGCAAGACUAUGUUGAAUUGAAAUACACCAAUCACCAAAAACUUGCCUUAAAGCUGACAUUCAAAAACUUAGAAUCGAUGAUGAAGCUGAAGCAGAAAGAGAAUGUUAAUGACGGCUUCAAAAAGAUAAAAGAGAUGAACAAUCUUUGCAGAGAAUACAGAUCCCAGAUGCUUCUAUCCCUAACCAAACUAUUCAGUGUGAUUAAGCAUAAGCAAACUAUCCAAAAAGCACAAGUUCUUAACACCUUGUCUACCAAGGUAAAGAUGGAAGCUUUGGCUGACUCACUUGCUAAUGAUGCUACUUCCUCACUGAAGGGUCUUCUAAUGGACAAGAUGAAAAACAUGAUGUAAUUC